UCUCAUUCCUUUUUAUACUUCACAAUAUUAUUCAUUAUUCCUCAUUAACAUUUGCACAAGAAAAUGGCUAAUGGCAUUCGAUUCUUCGAACUAUUCAACAAAACCAAGAUCCCAUCUGUUGGUCUCGGCACAUGGCAAUCGGAACCUGGUCUUGUCGGCGAUGCUGUUGCUGCUGCAAUCAAGAUGGGGUAUCGACAUAUCGAUUGUGCCCAAGUGUAUGGCAACGAGAAGGAGAUUGGGUUAGUUUUGAAGAAGCUCUUUCAAGAAAAUGUCGUCAAACGUGAAGAUUUGUGGAUUACCUCUAAGCUCUGGUGCCGUGAUCAUGAACCAGAAGAUGUACCUAUUGCACUGGACAGAACGUUAAGCGAUUUGCAUCUUGACUAUCUCGACUUGUACCUUAUCCACUGGCCUGUAAAGAUGAAGAAGGGAUCCGAGGGCUUUAAGCCCGAGAAUCUUGUUCCAGUAGAUAUUCCAGCAACAUGGAAAGCAAUGGAGAAACUUUAUGAUUCUGGAAAGGCGCGCGCCAUUGGCGUUAGCAAUUUUUCCACCAAAAAGUUGGGAGAUUUGUUGGAUGUAGCCCGCGUUCCGCCAGCUGUCAAUCAGGUGGAAUGUCACCCUUCAUGGAAGCAAACUAAACUGAGAGACUUCUGCAAAUCAAAGGGCGUUCACCUUUCUGGAUAUUCACCACUUGGUUCUCCGGGGACGUCCUUCAUCAAAAGCGAUGUACUAAAAAGCCCGGUUCUAGCUUCAGUAGCUGAAAAACUGGGAAAAACGCCUGCUCAGGUUGCGCUCCGGUGGGGCCUACAAAUGGGUCAUAGCAUACUUCCCAAGAGUACAAGCGAAUCUCGAAUCAAAGAAAACUUUGAUGUCUUUGAUUGGUCAAUUCCUGAUGACUUGUUCACUAAACUCUCUUCUGAGAUUGAGCAGGCUAGGCUGCUGAGAGGUACUUCUUUUGUGGAUGAGACUCAUGGCUCCUACAAGACCCUUGAGGAACUCUGGGAUGGUGAAAUAUGACAAAUAGGGUGUUCAUUUUAUAAAUAAUAAUAUGUUAAGAACGGUGAGAGUCGCUUUAAAUUUUCUAGAAUGGUUGUGGAUUUCGUUUGGGAUUUAGUUUUAAAGAAUAUUGCAUUGAUAACAUUUUAUCUAAAUGCAUAUAUGCAUAUCUAUAUUUAUACUA